UUGCUAGAGCCGACACAAACAGAGCAUUUCCACCAAUGGGAGCGCUGUGCACGCGCUGAGCCAUGCUGUUCACCCUGGCUGCUCAUGGCUCAGUGUGGCUGCUCAUAUAAAAACCCCUGUCUGUCUUUGUUUACAGCAGUCAGUUGAAACCGAGAGAGAGCGAGUGUACCCGAAAUCAAACCAUCGCCCCACAGCGGUUUAACCCGUACAUUUAUCUGUGUGGAAUAAUCUAAAUCAGCAGUCAUGGUGGCAAUGACGAAGAGAUUGAAGACCUUCCAGAUUGUCUUUUCAGACCCCUGCAAGACUUUUUACUGCGGGGGGGACAAGGUGUCUGGUCGAGUGGAGGUGGAAGUGAAUGAGGUGACACGCGUGUCCGCAGUGAAGGUUCUGGGUCUGGGCUGCGCCAAAGUGGAGUACGCCAAAGGCAAGCAGAAGUGCAGACAGGAGGCCGAGUACCUCCGCUACGAGGAGGUCCUGCGACUGGACGAGCAGCCCACAGGUACGGACAUUUACCCCACUAUCAGCCCCUGCAGCGUUUUAUCUCCUCUGUACACUCAGCUAUCUGUUGACAUGUUAGCAGAGCGACGAUAACAAACACGUGCCAGCGUGAAAACAGACAGCUAGAGAAGUACCUUGUUGAAUCUAGAGGGGCAACGAUCGACGAUCAGAUAGUAUCGAUAGCUUUGAUUAAUGUGGUGGUAUCUGAUACUAGUUAUCUAUCAGUGCUGUGGAUGACAUGUAGGGCGAAAGCCAAAGAUCAAUUUCAGAUUUGAUGGUUGACACUGAAAAUUAACAAAGGUUCGUUUUGUAUUAUCAGUAAAUAUGGUUAAAGACUGAUAACAUGUCAACCUUACCUGACAAAUACAGGUGAAUGUGUGAAGUCAGAGGAGUUGACAUGAUCAGUAACUUGAGAGAAGACUUGAUUCUUAAUCCAAGUCUAAUUUGUGGCUUCUGAUUUCCUAAAGUACAUCUUUAUCUAGAUUUAUAGUUUCCAAUAUGAGUUAAAUGAAUGGUUCUUGUUGACUCUACCUGUGUUAAUCCAUUCACAGAGGGUUAGAUCAGGCAGACUGGCACUGAAGUCAAGUUUACAGUGAAACCCCCCUCUGCCUUCCAUAUCAAAUUACUGGGAGUUUCCUAUUCUAGAUUUAUGGAUGAUAACUCAGCUGGUGUUUCCAAUGAGGAAUCAGACUUUCAGUUUUGUCUGGUCUCACUAGGGGCGCACUAAAUGUGACAUGAGGUCAAUGUUCAGGGUAAUAAAACUUAAUUUUACUUAUUUUCUCCAGAUUCUGAUGGAUCAGUCCUCUUGAGACCUGGAAACAAAUACGAGUACAGCUUUGGAUUUGAGCUCCCCCAGCACGGGUAAGAAAGAGAUCAUCAACAUCAUCACGUAAGAGUCUUUUUAAAUGGUUUUAGUUUUACUUUUACUGAUUUUCUCCAUAUGUGACCUUACAGGCAGUUGGUGUCAUCAUACAAGGGGAAGUUUGGCUACGUCCACUACUAUGUAAAGGCCAUCAUGAACAGGCCACAACAGGCCCCCCUUGAGUGCAAGAAACCCUUUGAGGUGGAGGAGCCUCUGGAUGUGAACACCCCUGACCUGCUGGUGAGUUCACUGAUACUAUCAGGAUACCUGGAUCUGGAAAUCUGGUCUCUCCAGUUUCUGCUUCUUAUAUAACGCAAGUCUUAUAUUUCUUGAAUCUGACCUUGUUGUGUUUUCCCAGUCUCCUACAGGCGGUGCUAAGGAGAAGAAGGUCACCUGCAUGUUCAUCCCUGACGGUCAGGUGUCACUUAACGCCAAAAUCGACCGUCGUGGCUUCUGCGAGGGGGAGGACAUUUGCAUCAAUGCGAAGUUUGAGAACACCUGCUCACGUAUUGUGGUGCCCAAAGCAGCCAUUAUCGCUAAACACACCUACCAGGCUAACGGACGCACCAAAGUCUGCCGUCAGAAGCUCUCCGCUGUGCGUGGAAACCACAUCAUCUCAGGGAUGUGCGACGCCUGGCAGGGGAAGACCAUCAGGGUGCCUAAGAUCAAACCAUCCAUGCUGGGGUGCAACAUCAUCCGUGUGGAGUACGCCCUCAUGGUGAGCACUCCAUCCAGAAAACUACAUCACUGAAUUUGUUGCCUGACUUGUUUAUGAAUUGAAGUUAAAGUGAGUGUUUUAUGCUUCCUCCAGAUCUACGUCCACAUCCCUGGCAGUGAGAAACUGAUCUUGGAGCUGCCCCUGGUGAUCGGGACAUCCGGUAUUGGCAGUCGCACCAACAGUGUGAGCAGCCAGGAGGGUUCAGUUAGCAAUGCCUCUCAGAGCUGGGUGUCCCUCAGGAUGCCUUCUGAGCCCCCUAGCUACUGCGACAUCACCAGAGACUGUCGCCUGGACCAGCCGCUCACGCCGCUGCUGGAUGACGUGGACUGUGACGACAGCCCCAUCUUUAUGAACGUCCCCUCCUUCACGUUCCCCCCUCCUCCAGCAUAUACAGAGGUGAGACUCUAAAGCAAGUGUAGGCCAUAAAAGAUGAAUAUAAAUCACUCUAAAUUACCUUGAAAUUAAUGAAUCUCUAUUUUCCUUCUGCAGGCGGAGGAGGAGUUUAACGGCAACGCCCGCAUGCUGCCGGUCUGCUGAACUCCUUUUGUGGACUCUUGAAGUUUGGUCCAGUUCUCAGGGACCGACUGUCUAACGCACUUAAAGGAGCAUAAGGUCCAAACAUCAGAGUUUCUGAUGGAGGAGUGAAGGACUGAGGAGAUGGACAGAAUCCAUGCUUGCCUGUACUUAAACCGUGCUUCCUCAACUUCGCCUUCCUCACCUGGGUCUUCCUCUUGGAGCUCGUCAGGUCCCAGACCUGGAGGUCAAGUCGCAGAGCUUGUGCAGCGCUACAUAUCUGAAUAAGCUGUUUCUUCCAUAGACCUUUAGAAAGUGGAGGUCUCUCUGUCCAAUCACAGACACUUUAAGACUUUAUAUUGGGGCCAAGCAGUAACGAGUCCGUCCCCGUUUGCUGUGACUUCUUUGCUUUUGUGGGUUUGUCUCUCCUUCGUCAUUCCAGUCAAACCUAAAGGAUCCAGCUGAGGAACUGUCCUCUUUGUUACCCAGCUUCUGUUGCUGUAAAGAAUCUGUCAGGAUCAUUAUCCAGCAUGUAAAGUAAUCUUCUGGGGAUGCUGAUAAACCAGCACCUAUUUCUUCCCGUGUCCCAGUGUUUGAAACAAAGUGGUUUAUUCCUGUAUGUUUUUGCACUUUUUGGUUGAUGCAUUUUGCUCUACUACUGCCUAAAGAGUUUCUCUUUGUGGAGAUUUGUUUGAACAAUAUUUGUGUUGUGGAGAUUGAUUUUGUUGUAUAUGUUAACACUUAGUUUGAACCUCACAUUUUGUUUCCAUAUAAGGGCUCAGCUUAGCUUAGUGCCAAACACUUUCCACCCACACACUCCUGUCUGAUGGGACACACUCCCUGUGAGGAUAAUCAUGUUUCUGCAGUUGUCCUAGACAACAUUUCAUUCCACUGUGGUGGUGUCAGACCUUCUGUUCUUUCAGGGCGCAAAGAGAAUCACUGUUAAAGACUGAUUUGUGACAAAGUAUGUUUGCAAUGCAUCCUGGAUACUUCAAAAGAGUAUUUUUGUAUGAAACCCUAUGGGUUAUUUUUUUACAAUAAAGAAAUAUGAAAAAUACAUA